UAAAUGUAUUUAGAAGUCAUUCUAUAGCAUAUCAUCAAAAUGUCAAAAAGUCUGAAUUGUAUAUUGUAUGAAUGGUAAAUGAUGAUAUAAUAGAAUAUCAGAGUCAUAGUAGCCUUUAUUAUGUCAUUAAAAUGUCAUAAAGAGUAUAGUGCGUCAUAAGGGGGCCUUGUUCAGCUGACUGACCACACUCACACAACGCUUCAACCGCCAAAAAAGGGCCGCCGGAGCGACUGGUGUGCAGAGCCCCAGCUAAGAAUAUCCUGGAACCUUCUCCCGGAUACAGUUACCUUGAAGCUUCCCGUGCUGUGCUCUGAACUAUACCCAUGUGAGGCACCAAUAACACUGGGGGGUAUUCUGUCACAGCCCCCUCUGCGAUGCUGCCACACGGGCAGCUCCAAAGUCUUACAAUUCAAGUGUGAUUUUCAUUUUUUAUUUUUUUUUUAUCUUGGAGAAGUUCAACCUGUGUAUUACACACAUCAGGAAAGAAGAUUGUGGUGCCCAAGUGGAAAUGGAAUAAUUGACUUUGUCACGUAAUAACUGGAUGCUGACUGGACUCCAACUGAAGCUGUGAUUUUCCGUUCACUUUUGCAUGAGGAGGCUUUGCUCCAAAUAUCAAGGAUUAUAGCUGAAAUUGUCUCCAUAAUACCAUGGCGGAAGGAGCUGCCUCCUCCUCCUCCUCCACAGCCAGUGGGUCCAGUGGAGCAGCUCCACCACAGACGAUCCCCGUCAAGUCCAAAGGUCUGGGCCUCCUCGGGAAGCUGAAAGUGUCCGCGGAGCUGCUGGUGGCUCUGGCUGCUCUCCUGUCCUGGGUGGUGGUCGGAGUAGUGAUGUUUGACUUUGUGGAGUACAAGGCAGUCCCUGACAUUCAGCAAAUCGUUUCGGACCCCAUUGGAGCUGUAAACGACGCCGUCGAGGAAGCAUCCAGUCUACUCAAUAAGUUUCAGGAAUGUGCACCCGAUUUAAGUGACCCCACGUCCGCUGCCACCUACGUAGCUAAAGAAAUAUCUGAUGCAAAAGAUGGAUUUGUUCGCUAUUUUUCCGAUGAGGAAGGGAACUUCUACCUCAGCUAUGUUGACCCUGUGAUCAUCGGUAGACAAGCUUUCCAUUCGACCAAUGACUUAAUGCGUGGAGUCGUGGGCACCUUCAAGGACACAUUGUGCGCCAUUGUAGACGCCGCAUUAAAUACUAUAUCGGAUGUAAAUAAAGGAGAAGUUGACCUUAGCUGCAUUGACCCUGUGGUCGUAGGCCGAGGUGUCUUCAAUGUUACUAAUGGGUUUGUGUGUGGAGUGGGGAGCUACAUCCGGGAUGUGCUGUGUGCCCUUCUGGACACAAUUCUGGAUGUAGUGAAAGGAACCUCAGGAACCGUGGAUACUCCCUCCGUGGACCCUGUUGUAGUUGGCAGAAAUGUCUUCAGUCUUACAAAUGACACCGUGAGUAGACUAGUGGGCUACAUCCAGGACGUACUCUGUGCCAUCGUAGACAGUGUGCUGGAUUUAACUAAAGGAACCACCGACACAAGCUUCAUGGACCCUGUGGUUGUUGGUAGAAAUGUCUUCUGUGUUACUAAUGACUUUCUGAGUGGAAUAGCCGGAUACAUCCAGGAUGUGCUCUCUGCCGCCUUGGACGUGAUACUGGACACAGUAAAAUAUCUGCAGCAUGCUGUGGGAUUCAGCCCGACGUCAGCUCUAAAGAGAACAGCAGAAAUCAGCACAGAGCAGAUGAACACGCUUGUGAGCUACGUCUCCACGCUGAUUGGUCAACAAGACAUCAUGCCAGAAGUUUCCAUUGACCCCAUGAAAGUGGUUGAAGAUGCUCUGUUGGAGGCCUCGGACAAGAAAGAUUUGUUCGUGGCUUACAUGUCGAGCAUGCUUGUUGCUGAUCGAGGAGAACCUGUUGUAAAUGUAGUAUCUGAAAAAGAUGAAGCUGUAGCUCUCCCAUCUAAUUUGAAUAUGUUACGAAGAAAAGGAGAAUUUCUUCCGUCUUUGGGAAAAGUUACAGAGAUCAUGCAAGCUGCCAAAGAUGCUGCUGCUGCUUCUGCUGCUGAAGCCCCAGACUCAAAGAUCAAGGAGGAGGAUGGAGACGUUUCCACUGAAGCUGCCUACGAAGUGGACGUGGAGGAGGAGGAGGAUGUGAAACAUAUCAACCUUGAAGAAACAGAACAUGAACCACCAGCCAUCAAUGAAGGAGACAAGGUCGACAGAGAGGAGGAGGAACAUGAGGAGAUUCAAACAGAGGAGGAUGCGAUUUAUGAGGCGGAAGAAACAGAGGAUGCUGAAGGAGAAGAAGGUGGAGAUAUUAUUAAAACAGCCACUGAAGAAGAACAAGUAGAUGAACCAAGUGAGGAGCAGGAAGAGGAGAUCAAAGUUGAAGAUGUUUUGGCGAAAGAGGAGAAGGAAACACAUACAGAAGAGGAUGCAUUAAAAAAAGAUUUGGUAGUGGAAGUGGAGGAGGAGACCAUAUCUGAAGACAUUUUGGUAAAAGAGAGGGAGGAGGACGAAGAGGAGGAGGAGGAGAAAAAAACUGAAGAUGUUUUCGUAGACGAUGGUGAGGAAGAAGACGACAGAAAAACUGAAGUGGAAGUUGAGGAGGUGGAGGAUACUAACAUUGAAGAACACACCAUAGAAGAUGAUGAGGAGACAAAAACAGGACUUCUGGUAGAGGAGGAGGAGGAAGUGGUGGUGUUGGUGGUGCAGGAGGUCAAGCAUGAGGAGGACGGGGAGGUACAAAAUGAAGAGAUUUUAGUAGAAGAUGGUGAGGAAGAAGAGGAGAGUAAAACUGAAGUGGAAGUGGAGGAGACUAUAAUGGAGGAACAUGCAGGAGAGGAUGAAACAAAUAUAGAACUUGUGGCAGAAUUAGAGGAGGAGGAGGAGGAGGAAGAGGAGGAGGACGACGUGUUGAUAGGAGAUGGUGAGGAAGAGAAGGAGACAAAAACAGAAGAUGCAGUUGAAUAUUUGGAAGACAAUAAAGAGGAGGAGGAGGAAGACGGCGAGGACGAAGAGACAACAACAGAACUUGUAAUUGAAAACGAGGAGGAGACCGAAUCUGAAGAAGAUUUGGCAGAGGCUGGGAUAGAUGAUGAGAAAAAAACAGUAGAAGUUCAAGUAAAAUCAUUGGAAGAUUUUGAUGAGGAGGAGAACGAAGAUGAAGAUCUUCGUGUUGAUGAAGGAAGCGACAAAGAAAUAAAUGAAAUUACUGAUAUCAACGAUCAGCUUUCUAAAACUAACCAGGAACUAGGAGCUUUAGAUGCUGAAGAUAAAAAGAAUUUAGAGGAGGAGGAAGCAGAAGAACCGUUCAGAGUGGAGACGACGGAAGUGGACAAAGGAGAUGAAGAAGAAGAGCCAUCUGCCCAACGUCUUGAUUUUGAAAUUAUAUCAUCUAAAACACCAAAUAAUGCAGGUGUCAUACCCGAAUCCAACAACGUUAUAGAAGAGGAAACAACAGUCAAUGAAUACUCUGACAUCAUCAACGAACGUGAUGAAAACAAUGAUGAGAUUGAAAGCGUGAAAUCUGAAUCUGAACAAAAAAGGGAGGUUCAUGUUCCCUUUGAGAGACUGAGAAGAGUCGGCUCCAGAGCUGCUCACAAAGAGGAACACCUUCACAAACGUGGGAAAGUUCUCAAAGCGGCAAAGGAAAGACGAAAAGAAGUUAAAGACGCCAUUAUCAAAGACCUCGAGGAGGAGAAAAAAGAGGGAGCCAAACUUGAGGAAAUCAUUGAAAAGAAACCAAAAGAAGAAAAGCUAAAGGAAGAGGCUAAACCAUUUGAGAAGAAACCACUGAAGCACAAAGAAGAAGAGACUAAAAAGAAGGAAGAACCCAAUAAACCACCUAAAGGAGAGAAAAGAGUGAAGCAUACUAAGGAGGAGAAAGAAACAAAACAGGUGACAGAAGCGAAGAAAACCAAUAAAACAGAAAGACGCCAAGAAACCAUCUAAAACAGAACAAGAUGUCAUGAAACCAUCCACUGGAGUCAAGAAACCACUAAAAGAAGACAAAGUAGUCAAGCUACUACUUAAAGAAGAGAAAGAGGUUCAGAAAGAAACUAAAGCAGAGAAAGAGGAAAAGAAAUCAUUAAAAGGAGUCAAAAAAAUACCUCAAGAUGAGAAAGAGGAAAGGGAAGUUAAGAAAGCAUCUAUAGAGGAGAGAGAAGUCGAGAAACCAUCUCAAGGUGAGAAGGAGGUCAAGAAACUACAUGAAGAAGAGAAAGAAGUCAGGAAACCAAUUCAAGAAAAGGAAGCAGUAAAGAAAUCAUCUCACAAAGUGAAAGAAGUCCAGAAACAAACUCAAGCAGAGAAAAACAUCAAGAAACCAUCUAGAGAAGAGAGGUAUGUGAAGAAAAACGACAAAAAAGAAGUGAAGAAACCACCUAUAGAGGAGAAAGAGAUCACGAAAGCAUCUCCAGAAGUGAAAGAGAUCAAGAAACCAUCUGAAGAACAGACAGAGGUCAAGAAGACUAGACAAGAAACACAAUACAAGAAAGAAGAGAAAGAAGUCACAAAAGCAUUUGAGGAAGAGAGAGAAGUCAAGAGACUAUCAAGAAAAGAUAAUAAUGUUGAGAAACCAUCUGAAGAAGAAAAAGAAGUCAUAAAAAUCCCUGGACAAGAGAAACAAGUCAGGAAACCAAUUGCAGAAAAGAAAGAGGUAAAUAUAUCAUCUCAAGAAGAGAAGGAACCUCAAAAACCAACUCAGGCCCUGAAGAAAGUCAAGAAACGAUCGAAAGAACAGACGACGGUCACGAAACACACUAGACAAGAAAAACAAUGCAAUAAACCCACUCGAGUUGAGAAAGUAGUUGAAAAAAAACCUGAAGAGGAGAAAGAAGUCACAAAACCACGUGAAGAGAGCAAAGUCAAGACACCAUCCAGAGAGGAGAAAAGAGUCAAGACGCCACUAAAAGAAGAGAAACAAAUCAAGAAAACAUCUAAAGAGGAGAAACCAUUCAGGGAAACUUCUAAAGAAGAGAAAGAGGGCAAGAAAACACCUAAAGAACUGAAAAAAGUCAAGAUUCCACACAGAGACGUGACAAACGUAACAAAACCACUUCAAGAAGCAGUCAAGAAACAUUCAACAGAAGAAAAACAAGUCAAGACACCACCCAAAGAAAAGGAAGACGUCAAGACACCACCCAAAGAGGAGAAAGAGUCAAGACACCACCGAAAGGAAGGAAAGAAGUCAAGACUCCACCCAAAGAGGAGAAAGAAGUCAAGACACCACCCAAAGAGGAAAAAGCAGACAAGAAACCACUUAAAGAAAAGAAAGAGGUCAAGACUCCACCCAAAGAGGAGAAAGAAGUCAAGACACCACCCAAAGUGGAGAAAGAAGUCAAGACACCACCCAAAGAAAAGAAAGAAGUCAAGACUCAACUUAAAGAAAAGAAAGAGAUCAAGACUCCACCCAAAGAGGACAUAGAAAUCAAGACACCACCCAAAGUGGAGAAAGAAGUCAAGACACCACCCAAA